CACUCCCUCGAUCUCGCUCCCCUCCCUCCCUCCCUCGAUCUCGUUCCCUCGCUCGCAGGCCACCAGCCCUCCGCCCUCGGCUCCAAGGCAAGCGGCGGCCCAGCGCCCGAGCGGCUAGACCGGAUCCGGCGGCAGCGAUGGCGGGGAAGUCGCACACGCACAAGGCGUUCCUGCUCUGCAACUACGUGCUCCUCGGCGCCGCCUCCAGCUGCAUCUUCCUCACGCUCUCGCUGCGCCUGCUGCCCUCCCCGUGCGGCCUGCUGCUGCUCUUCCUCCACGCGCUCACCGCAGUCUUCUCCGCCGCGAGCUGCUCGGGCUCCUUCACGGCGCCCGCCACGCCCGCCCAGUGGCACAACGCGCACACGGCGGGGGCCGCGCUCACCGCCAUCUUCCAGGGCGCCGUCGCGCUGCUCGCCUUCACCCGCACCUCCGACUUCCUCGCCGAGCUCCAGUCCUACGUCCGCGACGAGGACGGCGCCGUCAUCCUCAAGAUGGUCGGCGGCCUCGGCACCGCCAUCUUCGUCCUCGAGUGGGCCGCGCUCGCGCUCGCCUUCGCCCUCCGGCUCGACGACGAGGACGACGACGACCUCCAUGCCAAGAACUGGCAGUCCUACAACGUCUGAUUGAUGCCAUCAUCUGCCAUCUGGUCUCUGGCGUCGUGUGGUGCCACCACACCACAGUUUCGAGCAACCGAGCUCAGAUUCGUUGAUUCUUUGCUUUCUGUUCUAGCAUGUAUUCUUGCUGUCAUUCUUUUGUACUACUAUGUACUUCUCAUUGCUGCUACCUGUCAGCUGAAAAUGUCAAAGCAAAUAUAUAUUGCUUUUGCUGCCUUUUA